AUGAAGUUCCAAAAUACCGUUGCCGCACUCGCGACGGUUGGCCUCGCAGCCGCUCACGGUCAUGGCCACGCUCACGCCCACAAGCGCGCUGCUGAAACCGAGACCGUUUCGGUCCCCGGCCCAGUUGUGUAUGAUUUUGUCGUAUUGGACCCGUCUAAGUCCGGCCGUCCCCAGCCCAUCAGCAGCGAUGAAGCUUGUAAGGGUCUCGCAGACCAUGAGCUUGAAUGGCUUUCCUCUGCUGUUGCUGCUGCUUGUCCAUCUAGCAGCUCCAGCACGGCCGCAGCCACGUCGGCUUCCACAUCGACUCCCACGUCCGCCCCAACAACGACUGCUACCGUUGCUCCUGCGAUCCUCCAGGAGGCCUCGGCUGUUAUCACCCCCGCCAGCUCGUCGAGCACAGUUGGACUCACCUCUAGCUUUACCAGCACAGUUGAGCACACCUCUAGCUCCACAAGCACAGUUGAGCAUGCCUCUAGCUCCACGAGCACAGUUGAGCAUGCCUCUAGCUCCACCACAACAACUGCCGCCGCUACCAAGAGCUCUUCCAGCUCAAGCAACUCCGGUGCCACCGGCCUCACUGCCGACUUCCCCGAUGGAGAGAUUGACUGCGGUGACUUCCCUUCGGAGUACGGUGCUCUUGCCCUUGACUACCUUGGUCUUGGUGGUUUCUCGGGCAUUCAGUACGUCACUGUCCUCGAUGACAUUAUUAGCGAUAUUGUGACCGCCGUUACUGGCGAUGAGUGCCACCACGGUGCUUACUGCUCCUACGCUUGCCCCCCGGGAUACCAAAAGUCUCAGUGGCCUACCAUCCAGGGUAGCACCGGCCAGUCCGUUGGUGGCCUCCAAUGUAAGACCGAUAACAAGCUCUACCUCACCAACAAGAACUACAAGCAACUUUGCAUUCCUGGUGUUGGGGGUGUCCACGUGCAGAAUAAGAUGUCUGAUAACGUUGCCGUUUGCCGUACUGAUUACCCCGGUACUGAGUCUGAGACCGUUCCUCUCUCUGCCACCCCUGGUGUUGUCCACGACCUGACUUGCCCCGAUGGUGAUGACUACUUCCUCUGGGAGGGUAAGGUCACCUCCGCCCAAUACUACGUCAACCCCAAGGGUGUGACCACUGAGAAGGGUUGCCAGUGGGGUGACGGCACCGAGUCCAUCGGCAACUGGGCUCCCAUCAACCUUGGUGUCGGUUACACCACGUCUGGAAAGUUCCUGUCAAUCUUCCCUAACACCCCAACCACAACUAAGGCUCUUGACUUCAACGUUAAGCUCGAGGGAGACAACCUUAGCGACGAGUGCCGUUACGAGGGUGGCAAGUUCUACGACUCCAAAGGUCUUAUCAGUGGAAAUGGCGGAUGUACAGUCAGUGUCAACUCUGGCAAGGCCUACUACGUCUUCUACGAUUAA